AUGUGGGGAUUGACAAGGAGAUGCCCGCCUAUGGGACUUGCUCGAAUAAGCGCAGCGUGGAUGUGCGGUGCACGGAGUGUAUCAUCGAAUUCUGCUGCAUCUGGUGGCGAUGAUACCAAGGAAAGAUUACCGUGGAGCACGACACCACUGACGUCCUCAACUUCAGCCGCCACCGCUGCCGAACGUACCGGUGUGUAUGGUGUGAAGGGUUACGGCUUUAUGGAGGGGUUUCGUGUGUUAGGUCCCACCGCAGCACUCGGAAGACUUAAGGCGAUGCUAAGUCUUUACGCAGUUCUCUCUGCAGCUGCCUUUGGGGGAACCGUGUGGUUCAUGACGACGAAAAGUUACGUCUUGACCACGGAUCCUGAUCCAAAAUCGGAUGCCCGUAGAAAAACGUUUUCAUGUGAUUAUGCAGUGGUUCGUAAUAGGUGGACGGGCCGGAGGUGUGUGAUCGAUGUGGCAACUUGCAGCAGCAGCAGCAAUGCUAUUGCUAGUGAUGCUUGUAGUAACGAUAGUGGCACCUCUGCGGUGCCUACGCGUGGGAUUAACUUCACACAGCAACACAUAAAAGUUAACUGGCUGAUUCACAGCAUUCGGUUGUACCUCCACGCCACGGACUCCGUUGUUGUUGUGGAUUUGGCACCGCUAUUGCAUCCGUACCGGUUCACACUCGACCGCCAGCGGUUACUCAGCGCAACUCCUUCCUUCUCUAAAUAUGACGAACCCGUCUCCGGUAGGGACGGUAAAAAUUGUGUUGAAAAACCGCGGCUUUUGUUUCGCUCGCGUGUACGGCCAGCGUUAGUGCGCAACUAUUCACAGAACGGUACUUUCCCUCAAUACGAGCUUACUUUGCAGAGUGUUGCGGAGGAGCUACUGACGGAGCGGUACCGCCGGGCAAUCCUGUCACGAGGAUAUUCCUGUACGCAUCCCGCUGUUCUGGAGGAGUUACUACGGAACGGGCAGCUCAAUGGGGAGGGUUUGGCCUGGGAGGAUGUUGUGGGGGAUUCGGUGUCCUUCGCUAAGGAAGUGCAAAGGCGUGUGGAGCAGAGGAUGAAGGAUCAGGUGGUGUUGCUUCAUUGUGAUAUUGCUUUUGUUCGUUGA